AUGGUUGCUACUGCUGAAAUCAAGGAAUGUCUAACAAAGGCCUUUUCAUCUUUGCAGGAAAAUGUCUACAAGGGUAAGCUUACAUAUUCUGAUGAAAUCCAAGCAUUUCAAAAGUACUUUGAAACUGUCUAUAACCCAAUGGAACUUGUUCAAACCGUCUGUUAUGCAGCGCCGAUUUUAAAAGAGAAAUUUGAAAAACAAAUUGCCAAAAAGAAAUUUCCCAAAGCUGGUAGUGGCAAGCCUCCUCUAACGCCAAAGAAAAGAAAAGUCCCAACUGAAAAUGUAAUCCUUGUCGAAGAUGAUGAAGAAGAAACUCCUCCCACUCCACUUAAGAAGAAACAGAAAAAGAAUAAGGCAACAAUUUCCUCUUACCAAACAACUAAACAACAAGGUGCCGAAACCAAGAUUCUCCCUCCUCCUUCAAAGGAAACUCAAUCUCAGCCCUUUGGUGGCGCAGAAAAACCUACCACUCCCCUCAUUUCUACUGCCAAUCAGAGUGAUCCUUCGAGCAGUAUGAAUCCAUCUCCUCCUCCGACAAUCAGCGGUGCAAUUCAAAACAAAGGAUCUUCGACUGGAGCACAAAAUCUCGAAGCAGAUAAUGUCCAGAACGAACAAGAAACCUCUUCCCCUGGUGAAGAUGGUAAAAAAGAUUUGAAGCAAGCUGAAGAGAAGGAUUCAGAAGAGAAAGAAGAUUAUGAGGAUACUCCCAGUAACUCUCCUCCAAGAGUUACGUUCCCUUCAGAUUACGCUGACGAAGAUGAUCAGGAUUUUGAUGAGAUUGAGGGGUACUUUCAGCAAGAUGAAGACAUGAGUGAGGGAGAAGCUAAUCCUGAAGGAAAUCAGACUGGAACUGGUGAUGCUAUUGUCGAAACAAUGCCAAAUCCAACUAACAUUCGAUCAUCCACAAUCCAGACUUCGCCUAUAUCACUUACUGAGGAGGAGAAAAAUGCUUUGAAACAAAAUGAUCCCCUCAAGCAUGUAAAAAAGGCUGUUUUUGAUGUAGAUCUCUUUGAAGAAUUGAAGAAGGAUGUGGGAGCAAGCUUUGGCAUAAAGAAGAUGAUAAGCAAGAUCAACAUCACUGCUUUCCCCAUUGAUAUAGAAUUGCAGAAGAAGAUUUCUGAUGCUAAGGCGAAUCAGGCUACUAUCCAAGGCUUGGAUAGUACUGAAGCUGAUAAUCUGGCAAAGCAGAGCAUAGAUCACGUCAAAAAGGCUACUGCUAUGAAUGAAGAUAUUGCACGCCUCGGAGGGGUUCAAGCUGUUGUUCAGUACAACAUUGGCUUGGCGAAGAUAAAGAUUCUUCGAUCCUCUGCUAGUUCUUCUAUUUCGUAUGCAUUAUUUGAAAAUGGUUUUAAAAUUCGAAAAGGUCCUUCCCAAUGUGGAGACCAUUUUCCUAAUGUUUUAUUCUUUCAAUCAUAG